UUUCCACUCAGUGCGCUCCGAACCAGCUUCGGAAAUGGGAAGCUUUCCGUAAGAAGAAGGUCGUUUUGCGGAUUGGCUAUGUUGGGACCGAUUAUAGAGGGCUGCAAAUGCAACGCGAGCAACAGUCACAUCCAAGUGGGUGUUGCAUCCUCAAUGGUGUGUCCUUCGUAGGAGGGAGGAGGAUGAUCUGGACCAUUUAGUACUGACAAAUUGGAUUCCAUGUAUUAAAGACAAUGCAAUUUAAUAGGCAAAUUUCCAAGGGGAAGUGUUAAACAAGCUUGCUGUUACAUGUUUUGGGAGAACCAAAGAUGUGUGGCAGAAUAGUUACUGCUAAAGGAGUAGAUAAAAGGACAUCAAUCGAACAAGAAUUGGAAGCUGCAAUAUAUAAAGCUGGUGGAAUUCGUGAAAGUAACUAUGGAAAUCUGAACAAAAUCUCAUGGGCGAGGAGUAGUCGAACUGAUAAAGGAGUCCAUUCCUUGGCUACAACUAUAGCCUUAAAAAUGGAAAUCCCUGAAAGUGCAUGGAUGGGCGACCCUUGUGGUAUUUCGCUUGCUAAUUACAUCAACUUUUAUCUUCCUGAUAAUAUCAAGGUUUUUGGCAUUGUACCUUCACAGAAGAGCUUUGAUCCUAGAAAGGAGUGUGAUGUUCGGAAGUAUUCUUAUGUCCUCCCUGCUAAGCUUAUUGGAAUUGGAAAUAAACUUAAAACUACUGAAGUUGAUUACCACAUCUCAGACUUUAAAGAUAUAUUAAAUUCCUUUCAGGGGGAGCACCCUUUUCAUAACUAUACAAUACGUUCCAAGUAUAGAACAAGAAUUCGAGCCAAGCGAUCUCCAGGAUAUGGCCAUGAGGUAUCACCUAGUGAUGUCUCGAACUCCGAGUUUGAGGAAAGUGAUGGAGAAGAUGAUACUUUUGUUGAAGGAGUCAAGGAACCAGAUCAAGGUUCUCCAAGCUUAAGUGUUUGUUAUGAAAAUCCAACUGAAGUAUGCAGUAAACUCGGAGAUGGAUCAGAACUUCCGAAGGAUGUUCGUGCAAGAUGGCUUCAUGAGCCAGAUGAGAAGGAUCGUAUAGGUGCCUCACACUUCAGAAAGAUUCUUUGCUGUUCUUGUGGAAAGCUGGAAACAUCUUUUGGAUAUGAUUUCGUUGAGAUCUCCAUCUGGGGAGAAUCAUUCAUGUUGCAUCAAAUUCGGAAAAUGAUAGGAACCGCUAUUGCAGUGAAGCGGAAACUGCUCCCAAGAGAUGUUAUAGCAUUGUCACUGUCCAAGUUCUCUAGAAUAGUUCUACCCAUUGCUCCAGCUGAAGUUUUAGUCCUAAGAGGGAACAGUUUUUCCAACAGAAAACGACCAGGAGUUCCUAAGAGGCCAGACUUGCUCACACUGAACGAAUCAGACGACAUUGUCAAGUCAGUGAAUGAAUUCUACAGAUCAGCGAUAUUACCCGAGGUAACUAACUUCCUGGACACAGAAAGACCCCCUUGGAAAGAAUGGGUGGAGAAAUUGGACAAGUACACAAGCAUUCCCAGUGAACAAUUGGAUGAAGUUAGGAAUGCUUGGAAAGCAUGGAACUACAGGGUACAUUGAUCAUGGAGAAUUAAGGCAGCCUUUGAAUUGUCUUGAUGUGUCUUUUGUUGGAAGUAGUAAAAAACUUGAGGAUUGAGAGGAUGGGAGGUAGUUGAGUUGAGUUGGGGGAGUUAUUGAUGGUACAAAUUAUGGGAUUUGGGCAUUGAAUGGAUGGUGGUCUGCGGCCACCCACCAGCCGCUGGGGCGUUUAAUAGGGCAGCAUCAACUGCAGACAACCCACUCGGCACUCGACACUUGACCCUCGGCACAACCAUAAGGGAGUGAACUCACAUUCAAUGUAAACGGCUUAAAAGGCGAAAUAUGUUGGUGAGCCUUUGACAGGGCUGUACUGAUGUUGAUUUAACUUGAUUUGUGAAGACAAUUUGGAUCAAAACUUGACUAAUCGCCAUUUUGAAGGUUUCAUGUUGCUUUCCUCUUUUAAUUUACAAUGAUGUUGUUUAUUGUAUAUUAUUUUUUUGAGAUGCCCAUAUAUAUACAUUUUGUUCAUACA